GUUUGCUGUUUGCUGUUGACGGCUGUACUGCGUUUGAGCUCCGUCACUAUAUUCUUUUCAUUGACUAUUUUUAACUUAAAAAUCAAUUUUAUACAUCAUUGUUUCCGUUUAUAUAACGCGUGAAUAUAUCCUCUAUUGUAUUCUACAACAAAAACAAUCAGAGCGCCUCGCUAUCACUAGUUUUAUUUUGAUCUCCCGGUUCCGCUAUUAGCUUUUAGCCAGUUAGCAUCAGCAAGCGUGUUUGCUGCUAACUGCGCUUACAUUGCUAAUACUCUAUUCUCACACAUUACCACUGCUGUACUCACUGUUACUUGCUUUAAUGGCGGAUGAAUGUCUCCACUCUGUGCAGCUCGAGCUCGAGGCCGUGGGGAAGCAGAUUCGCGACCUGGAACAGAGGCAGGCCAAGCUGAGAGAGCGGAGAGCCGCGCUGGAAUCAUCCCGGGCUGACGCUCACAAGUCCGGGGCCCGGUGCACCCAGGACGCGAUCUUCCCAGAUGUCCUUCACUGCGACGCCGGGACACCACGGACCCUGGGUGCAUCCACAGCGGAGGACGCGAGCCGGGUCCCGGGCGACUACUUCUCCCCCUCCUGCCUUCGAGCUCUCCAUCCAGAACCGCUUCGCUCCCCUCCGCGAGACAGGACGCGACGCUGUGAUCAUCGGAGACUCCAUCGUCCGACACGUAAGUGCUACGUUAGCCGAAGGUAAAGUGCACACUCAUUGUUUGCCUGGUGCUCGUGUUCUCGAUGUUUCUGCGCAGAUACCCACGAUCCUGAAGGACGGCGAGAGCCCCAGAGCGGUCGUGCUUCACGCCGGGGUUAACGACACCACGCUGCGGCAGACGGAGACGCUGAAGAGGGACUUCAGGAGCCUGAUCGAGACGGUUCGCAGCACGACGCCCGCGGCGACGAUCGUCGUGUCAGGACCACUGCCCACGUAUCGACGAGGACACGAAAGGUUCAGUAGACUUUUUGCUUUAAAUGAAUGGUUGUUGUCAUGGUGUAAAGAACAGAAACUGCUAUUUGUUAAUAACUGGAAUCUUUUCUGGGAGCGUCCUAGACUGUUUCGCGCUGAUGGAUUACACCCCAGCAGAAUUGGAGCGGAGCUUCUCUCUGACAACAUCUCCAGGACACUUCGCUCCAUGUGACUAGUAAGACAAUUCUCAAAUAACCAUUAUGAUGAGUUUUGUUCUAACCGCUUAAAUGCUAAAGGUACUUGCGCUGUAAAACCUAUUAAGACUGUGUCUGUUCCCCGAAUAGUGAGGUCAAAAUAUAAAUAUAAUGUAGGAUCUAGAAAAAAUCUUAUCGUAAUUAAACCAGAAAAAUGUAAAGUAAAUGAACAAAAACAAUUUUUAAAGUUUGGGCUCAUAAAUAUUAGAUCACUCGCACCAAAAGCAGUUAUUGUAAAUGAAAUGAUCACAGAUAAUAGUUUUGAUUUACUCUGCUUGACUGAAACCUGGCUAAAACCAAAUGAUUAUUUUGGUCUAAAUGAGUCUACUCCACCAAACUACUGUUAUAAGCAUGAGCCCCGUCAGACUGGUCGUGGCGGGGGUGUUGCAACAAUAUAUAGUGAUAUUCUCAAUGUUACCCAGAAAACAGGAUACAGGUUUAACUCUUU